GGAGAAGGAAUAGAAUUUAGAAUCCCGUUUUUAUCUCUUCCAUUGCUUUCUCUUUCCUCUGUUUUUAUACAUCAUUUGUUUUAAUUUUGUUCUUUGGAGUUUGGAGAGAGAAAAAUUAAAAACUGUUUUCCUUAUUUCCUUUUCUCUUUUUCUCUCCCUCUGUGUAAUUUGUUUCUUUUUCAUUCACAUAAUUUUUAUAUUACCAUGGAUAAAAGCUCAAUGCAAUCAAAUCUUGAUUGUUUCCUUAAUUCCACAACCCCAUUUGUCCUAUCCCAGUUUCUUGCCAAGAGUGAGAUAAGAAACCUUAAUAGGUUAUGGCAUCCAUGGGAAAGAGAAAAGGUGGAAUAUUUCAAGUUGGCUGAUCUUUGGAAUUGUUAUGAUGAAUGGAGUGCUUAUGGUGCUGGAAUUCCUAUUAGAUUGGAUACUGGGGAAACUUUGGUUCAAUAUUAUGUCCCUUAUCUUUCAGCUAUUCAAAUCUUUACCAGCACUUCACCUGCUAACUUUUUGAGGGAGGAGGCCGAAUCUGUUUGUGAGGCAAGGGAUUCUUUCAGCGAUUCAUUAAGUGACGAGAGUGAGAGCGAAAAGUUGUCGAGGUGGGAUGGAUGUUCUUCUGAGGAAGGUGCAGUUGAACAAGAUAGCUUAAGUAGAACGAACGAUAGAUUGGGCUAUCUUUACUUUCAGUAUUUUGAGAGAUGUACUCCAUAUGGAAGAGUUCCUCUAAUGGAUAAGAUUAAUGGAUUGGCUGAAAGAUACCCUGGAUUAAUGUCGUUGAGAAGUGUAGAUCUUUCGCCUGCUAGUUGGAUGGCUGUUGCUUGGUACCCGAUAUAUCACAUUCCCAUGGGAAGAACUAUUAAGGACUUGUCGACGUGCUUUCUUACUUUCCACACCCUUUCAUCUUCUUUUCAAGAUAUGGACCUUGAAGAUGACAUGGAGAAUAGUAGUAGGAAAAGAAAGGAAGGAGAAAAGAUCCCCCUCCCACCUUUCGGUUUGGCCACUUACAAGAUGCAGGGCGACGUGUGGGUAUCAGAUAGAAGUGGAAGGGACCAAGAGAGACUGGUGUCACUUUUUAGCGUGGCUGAUUCGUGGCUAAAGCAGUUGGGGGUCCAACACCACGACUUUAACUACUUCAUGAGUAUUCGUCGUGGUUGAAAAAACUUGAAUGAUGAAAAUCGUCUUUGCACACUAACAAAUGGAAGUGACUAUCUGCAGUCCCGUUCUCCUUUGGCCUCUUUGAAUUGUUGAUGCAUCUUUGUAAAGGCAUUUGGCUUUUAUGUAGUUCCUUGCUUUUCGCGAGCUAUAGGAUUGCAGUGAUGCAAUCUUUAAGCUCGCGACUUCUGUGACUACUUUUGUAUAGGAAUGAGCCUAGCUUUUAAGCGAUAAAAACAUGAGGUGGAGCUAGCGAUAAGCUGGAGGGCUGUGGAUUAUUAGAUGUCAAUGAAGUCCUUACUCUUUGAGUGCAGUUCUUGCACUCUCCUUUGAUACUUUAGACCCUUCAUUUGCUUAGUAAAUCUUGUGUUUGCUUUGUAAAUUCUAAUGCUAUAUAUGUCUCUGAUCUUUGUAUAGGUCA